AAGGCCGGGGGGCGGGGCGAAGAAGGGCCCCUCCCCUCCGAGGGCGGGAGUCUGGCCCCCUGAGCGUCUGCCCGCUUCUUCGCAGGUGUCUCGGGCGGAAUAUGCGCAGGAGCAGCAGCGCCGCCGCGGAUCAGGAGUAGGCGGGCCUGCGGGAUGCGCCUUGGGCCGGGCCGGGCCGCGCUGGCGUCUCCUUCCUAGGCCGGCGGCGUCUGAGCGAGCGGUCGGUCGCCCUCCGCCGCCUGCCCCGUCCGCCGAUGCAGAGCUCGGGCUUCCCGCCGCUGGGCCGCUCCCACUCCCGCUCCUUCCUCCUGCCGCACUGGCAGCGCGGAGGGGCGCCGCCGGACCAGCGAGCGACCCCGCCGGAGGUGGCCGCCCAUGCCGCGCCGCGCCCUCCUCCGCCUGCCGCUCUCGUCGCGGCCGAGGCCUGGAAGCGGGCGGCCACCGACCUGGAGCGGAGCCUGAAAUUCCUGCAGGAGCAACACGCGGAGACCCUGCAGGAGCUCCACGCGGAGAUCGACCGCCUCAAGCGCCAGAACAAGGAUCUUCAUUAUAAGCUCAUAAUGCACCCAAUGCUCCAGAAGACAACAGGCUUUCCUUCCAGCACUUUGCCAGGUAAGGCCCAGCCAGGAAGCAACUCAAAGGGCAAAGCAGCUGGCAACUGGAUGGCAGCAGCGGCAGCAACAAAAGAAAAACAUGCAGAACCUAAACAUCUUGUACGUUGUGAGAAACUGGAAGAGAAGCCAGUGAGUGGCGAGUUCAUAAAGGAAGAGGAGAAUACAGAAGAGGAGGAAAGUGCAGUAGGGGAGAUAGACGGUGCAAUGCAGAAGGAAUUGGAGGACCUCAGGCCAGAGCAGGAGACGCUGCCAGCAGAGGCGGCUCCCCGCAGAGAUUCAGAAGUCUGUGACAGGAUGACGUCCCCAAUACCUUUUCCAUCAUCAAGCCAAAGCAGAGCUGGGGAUGUGAAAAUCCCUGCUGCCUCUUCCAACCCUUUCUUGGUGACUGUGCUCCCUUCCUACAUGCGGAAGCCGCCAACGCUGGAGGAGUGUGAGGUGGUCAUUCGGCAGCUGUGGAACAUCAAUCACAUGCAGAUGCAAGAGCUGAUGUAUUUGAGAUCGUGCCUGGACGACAUCCACAAGACCAAAAGAAUUCCUGAAGACUACAUGCUAGCUGGUCAGCUUGGGAGCCAGGAGGCCACACUGUUACCAAGGGUGAAGAAUGGUUCUAAGAAAUGGAUCCUCACGCCAUUGCCUGCUGCUGAAAGGGCCGUGUUGCCAGCACUGAAGCAGACAUUGGGAAAUGCUUUUGCCGAGAGACAGAAGAGAACGCAAGCCGUGCAGAGGAACAGGCUCCACCGGACAGCACUUUAGCAAGUAUGGUUCAAUUGGCCUCUUUUUAUGAGGUUCCUUGUGCCCCUAAAGUGGUUUGGAAGCCAGUGCAUCCAUUGCUGAUCUCUACUCCAUGUACCAGAAGAGUUUCUGUUCUUCACCACUUAAUUUAAAACUUCAUAAUUAUCAUUUUUUGCCCAUGUAGCUAGAGAAAAACCAGUGAUCUCACUUCUCCCUAGGGAUUGAUAAGCUUACUUUUUUUUAGUACAGAAUUGGGAGCUCUGGGUGCAAAGUACACAGAAGCCUGCUUAGACAAUGCCAGGGCAAGGGGGUAGCAAAGUGACUUGCCCCUCACAAGCAUGAGCCUGUGACCUUAUGCUCAGGCUGCUGUGGAACUAAAGGAGGUGGGGGGUUAAGCAAGAGAAAAUAAGUGAGUGUUAAACACUGGAACGAAUACAUUUAUUACAAUAAAACAAAUGCCUUAGUUCA